AAGUAAAACAAAUUAGAGAGAGAGAGAGAGAGAGAACACAUAACAGUAGCGAAAAAGGGGGAAUCUGAAAACUUUUUACGAUCAAACACUUUGUGAGCUUUGUUCCGAUGAAGAGAAGAACAAUCGAUGCGUUUUUACUUAUUAUUACUAACAUUAUUACUCUAAAACCUUCUUCCAGAUUCUGAUUCUGAUUUUCCCUUACUUUCCCGAGAAAAUUAAUUACUUACCAGAUUGCGAGGAACAGAGAGAAAAAGAUUCGUUCGUAAUAAUGGAUUUGAUUCAGCAGCUCAAGUCCUUGUACUCCUGCGACUGGCACCAAGAAUCUUUCCCUGACUACCAUGAUUUCUCAAUCCUUCCGUUCUUCUUAUUCUUCUUCCCUUGCAUUCGCUUCUUCCUCGAUAGAUUCGUCUUUGAGAAAUUGGGUAGACGAUUGAUAUUUGGAAAGGGGCAUAAGCAGCUGGAUUUCCAGAAUGAUGAGAGAAGAAAAAAGAUUAGGAAGUUCAAGGAAUCAGCCUGGAAAUGUGUUUAUUUUCUGUCAGCAGAAGUUUUUGCUCUGUCCGUAACUUAUGAUGAACCUUGGUUUACUAAUACAAGAAAUUUUUGGGUGGGGCCAGGGAGCCAGGUCUGGCCAGAUCAAAAGAUUAAGUUGAAACUGAAGGCACUCUACAUGUAUGCUGCCGGAUUUUAUUCUUACUCCAUCUUUGCUUUAAUAUUUUGGGAAACACGGCGCUCUGACUUUGGGGUGUCCAUGGGUCACCAUGUGGCUACUGUCAUUCUCAUUGUGCUGUCUUACAUUUUUAGGUUUGCUCGUGUUGGAUCUGUUGUUUUAGCUCUUCAUGAUGCUAGUGAUGUGUUUCUGGAGAUAGGGAAAAUGUCCAAAUACAGUGGUGCUGAAAUAAUUGCCAGCAUUGCAUUUAUUCUAUUUGUUUUAUCUUGGGUCUUAUUGCGCCUCAUUUACUACCCAUUCUGGAUUCUCUGGAGUACAAGCUAUGAAGUUUUGCUCACAUUGGAUAAGGAAAAGCACAAAGUGGAUGGUCCAAUAUAUUAUUAUGUGUUCAACAGUCUUCUAUAUUGCUUGCUUGUUCUGCAUAUAUACUGGUGGGUGCUGAUAUUUCGGAUGCUUGUUAGACAAAUUCAAGCAAGAGGAAAACUUAGUGAUGAUGUUCGAUCUGAUUCAGAAGAUGAAGAUAGCCAUGAAGAUUGAGAUGGAAAGCAAGACCAUAAUGUAAUUUUAAGGCAAAGAUGAAUUGUCUUAGCUUCGAAAUUCUUCGGCACUCUUGGCCAUGGAUGCUAAACUUUUUUCAAAUGUUGAUUCAACUUUUUGGAGUUUGUUGUUGUGGGGGGGUAUUCAUACUGAUUUCAAUUCAGGCAACAGAUGCUAAUUUCAACAGGCAGAAAGUUGGACAGAAUUUUGAAUGUUUUAAACUAUUGGUCUAUGCAUUCCACCUCCUCGGAUUGAGGUUUGGUGUCUGACAUUUUGUUGUGAUGAUAAUGUCUUUUUUUUACAUGCUUUGGUAUUUAAUUUCCUCAAUUUAAUUAAGUGUAAAGCACUAGGAACAGGAAUGUUUUCUGGUUAUUUCUUGAACAAAAUUGUUUUAAGACUUGGUUGUCAUAGAUAUUAGUGGUGCUGAACUUUGCCAACAUUAUGUUGAUUUGAAUAUUAUAAAUUCUAAUUCUGAUGAAAGAAAAAUAAGUGAAAAA